GUUUACGACAAACGUGAGUAUUAUUUUCACUCCAUUACUAUACCCACUGUGAAGUGUGGGAGUUUAAACCAAUAUAUAUUCGUGCUAGUUCCGUUGUCUUUUGUGUAAUCUGUUCUAUCCAAUUCAGGUUAAUGUGCUCAGCGCCGAAUCACUGUUGGUAACUACCUGCUCUUAUUAUUACGGUUUAUCUUUUUCUUGCCAUUUGCAAUUGUACUUCAAAUUUUCUUCUCAUUACAAUAUUAAAUUGGAAGAUCACCAUUUUGCCGAGUCUUUAUUAUUACUGUUUUUGAAUAUUUCCAGUUAGAAUGUCUCAUUCUCCUGAAAGUGCAAUAGUUCAUGAAAAUAUUGCGAAUGGUGGUACUGAGUUAGAAAAGAAAUUACUCAACUUGAAGCCUCCUUUUAAUGAUAUUGACGAUGUUUAUUUAUCCUCAAAUUUCAACGAAUUAGAUCGUAGCUCACAUGUUUCAGUGGUUAUGUCGGAACGAGUUCAGUGUAUAGCUUCUGGUAUAUACAAAGAGUUUGAAACUAUGAUUGAGGCUUAUGGAUUACCCGUUGUUGAACGUUUAAUGCCAUUAAUAAUUAGUCUACUAGAAAAUUUGGAUGACCUAUAUAAAGAUCAAUCUGCAUACCACGCUGAAGUCAGACAAUUACGUGAAGAAAAUGAGCAUAUUUAUGACCAACUUACUGCUGAAAAGGCUGCUCGAAAACAGUCCGAAAUGCGUUUACUAAAUGCAGAGGAUGCUUUUGAUGAAGAGAGAAAGGUGAAUGAGGCAAAAAAUGAAUCAUUGUCCACAUCUUGUCGGCAAACGGAAUUGAGACUUCAGUUGGCUAAAGAUCAAGUUUCACGUUUAGAGGUGAAAGAACAAGAAUGGAAAAAAGAAGAGAAUCGUUUACAUGAACAUCUAAAUGAAUUAAUACGUUCUAAUGUUGAAUUAACUGAACAAAUCAAAUUUAUUAAUCAUAAUAACAAUAGUCAAGAACAAUCAAGAAAUACAUUGAAUAAUUCUAUUCAGAGAAAUUCACCACGUAAAUUAUCAAUGAAUUCAUCCAAGUAUAAUUUAACUGGAUCAACUAAUCAUGAUCAAGGCUCAACAAUAGAUGGAUCAUCUACAGUUCAUUCGAAUUCACUUGGUGUUGGCUAUGAUACUACUGGCGGUGGAUUUGAGUUUGAUGAACUCCCAAAUACUCUGGAGUCGGAAGGUGGUGGUCUAAAUGUCGACGAUGAUCUACCUGCUGGUAUGCGUAAAGAGAUUGAUGUAUUGAUCAAAGAGAAUAUGGAACUUGUUGAAAUGAAAAAUGCUCUCAAUGUUGUGAAAGACGACCUACUAGCCAGAAUUGACCAUUUAACAUCUGAGAAUAUAUCAUUACGUGAAUCAGUAGAUAUGUUAACUGAAUCACGUAUUCGUUUACAAAGUGAAUUAACUAAUACUGAUCAAUUAUUAAAUGAUGCACGUUCAGAAUUAAGUCAAUUAACUGAAAAAUUAUCAUUAUAUCAAGAUAAAACAAAUGUAGAAUCAACUAAUUCCGCUCAAGUUAAACGUUUCACACGAUCCGAAAUGGCACGUAUUCUAGCUGAACGUAAUCAUUAUAAAGAACGUUUAUUAGAAUUACAAGAUGCUGUACGUUUUACAGAAACUUUACGUGUCAGUCAAAAAGGACAUCGUGAACUAUUCAUGACUAAAACACCGCCAAUACAACAAUAUAAAUUUGAUUCAAAUAGUCCAGUUAGUGGUCCAUUACAAAGUCUACAAAAGUUUUACAAAAGACUUCAAGAAAAACGUCUUCAAUUGAAGACAACACCUAUUUGGGAUCUGUAA